AUGCUUCGCGCCCGCCGCUACCGAGCGCAUCUCGUAUUCGCCGCGAUCUUUCUCCUGGCUUUGCUGCAUUUCACUCGGUCGCGCCAUUGGUCCGACUCGGUCAUUCUCGAGUCUCCGGAGGAUAAGCCGCCCGCGCCCGCCUAUCCUAAUGCUAAACUAGACGAGUCAACGCCGCCAUCGAAACCCCCUGCCAACAACGACGCCUACAAAUACACCCCGUUCGUGCCCCACGACAGCUCCCCCGGAUCGACAUCAUCUACCGAGGAACUCCAGAAACCCAAGGAGCCGGCCGCGCCAAACACUCAUGUGAAUGGAGAAUCGUCGAUCAAGAAUACUGAGCCAUUCGACCCUCCUCAUACUAUACUGAGGGAUCGCAAAAUGCCCAGAUUCCUCCCCCCCAAGUUGGAGUCGUUGUCGGACGAAGCCGCCGAAGAUGAUGCACGUUACAAGUCAACACUCCCCGCCAUCACAGCCGAGGAUACGACGCCGCAUUGGAAGAAAUUCCCUGAGAAAUACCCCGUUUCGUCGGCCAAUCUGAUCAAGCUGCCCAAGGGUCCAGCCCAACCCAUCCCCAAACUGCAGGCCAAGUUCAAGGAUGAGUCGACAGUCGAUAAGCAGGAGCGGCUGCAGCAGUUAAGUGCAGUCAAGGCGGAGUUUGUGCAUGCAUGGCAAGGGUACAAAAAGUACGCCAUGGGUGAGGAUGAGCUCAUGCCACUGACCGCGCAGGCGAAGAAUCCUUUCAUGGGCUGGGGUGCGACAUUGGUGGACUCACUCGAUUCACUCUGGAUCAUGGAUUUGAAGGAUGAAUUCUCAGCGGCCGUGGAUGAGAUCAAGAAGAUUGACUUCACGACCUCCUCCUACCGAAAUGAUAUUCCCGUCUUUGAGACCGUGAUCCGGUAUUUGGGCGGCUUGUUGGGUGCGUAUGAUAUCUCUGGUCAACGCUACUCUGACUUGCUGGAGAAGGCCGAGGAGUUGGCGGAAAUCCUGAUCGACAUCUUCGACACGCCGAACCGCAUGCCUGAAUUAUAUUAUAACUGGGGCGCUAACGAGAAAAACCGUGGCCACGCAGCUUCAAUGACCUCUGGUCUGGCGGAGAUUGGAUCUCUUUCCAUGGAAUUUACCCGCUUGGCACAAUUGACCAAAAAAGACAAAUACUACGAUGCGAUUGCCCGUAUUACCAAUGAGCUAGAAUCUCUGCAAGAUUCUACCAGCAUUCCUGGCCUGUGGCCCAUGCGAGUCAACGCCCGAGGUUGUGCUACGACUGCUGGUACCAAUGUUGGCCUUGGUAUUCCCACGAAGGGGUCGCCCUCACAUUCGACGCGCUCGAUGAAUACUACUAGUGGUCUCGAGUACCCCGGCAGCAUGGAAUUGAAGCGGGAGGCCGAUCUUGACUUGGAGGCUGCGGAACCUGCUACCUAUAAUCAUGGUUCGAGCAGCUCGAGCAGCGAUACAAGCUAUGGAGGCUCUAGUAGUGCAUGGGGAUCUAGCAGUGCUGAUCCUUCGACCUUUGAGCCCCAAGAACAGGACAAGUGCGAACUUGGUCUGCAGAUGCCCCCGUUUGCUCGUGACAACAAGUACACAAUGGGUGGCAUGGCCGACUCGACCUACGAAUACCUGCCCAAGGAGUUCCUCUUGUUGGGAGGUAAGAACGACCAAUACAAAAAGAUGUAUACUAAGGCGAUGGAUGCCAUCCGCAAACACCUCAUCUUCCGGCCCAUGACCAAGGGAGCUCGUGAUAUUCGUUUCGCCGCGGCCACCGGACCACUGGCCCUGUUAAACAAGGAGGGCCCCUUGCCUAAAGAUCUUGUCUAUGAAGGCGCACAUCUCACAUGUUUCAUCGGUGGCAUGGUUGCCGUUGGUGCCAAGAUCUUCGACCUCCACAGCGACAUGGAGCUCGCAUAUAAGCUAACUGAUGGCUGCGUGUGGGCAUACGAAUCGACCACAACCGGCCUCAUGCCAGAGACUUUCAAGAUGAAGCCUUGUGGUGGAGAGACGCCUUGUGACUGGGAUGAAGCUCAUUACGCUAGCCCUUCCUUGGCUGACCAUGCUGACUAUCGGGAUUCAGAGGCUGCAGCUCAGUUCCGUAGCGGCGAGAGCACUUACGGAGAGCGCGUGAAGCUGAACUCCCAAAGUCGUCCGUCAAAACCCGCUGCUGCUGCUGCUGCUGCUGCUGCUCCUGCUGCCGCCGAAGACAUUGCUGUUCCUCUUCCCAUGCCGGGAUCGCUAAACCCUCAUGAUGACGGCCUUUCCUGGAAGCGUGAUCUAUCCAAUCUUGGUGCAGCCGCAACAGCAGCUGCCCACCCCGUUGCCAAACCCACGCCUACUCACCGCGCUAGCGACGCGGAUAGUCUCUUGAACAGGGACACCACAGGCGUGCCGGGCACCGCUAAGUCAAACGCCCCCUCGCGAACCAGUAUCUACGAUCGCUUCCCGCCUGGGAUGGUCAGUAUUGGCAGCCCUGGCUACUACCUACGGCCCGAGGCGAUUGAAUCCGUCUUCAUCAUGUACCGAUUGACUGGCGACAAGUAUUGGCGCCAAAAGGGUUGGAAGAUGUUCCAGUCAGUCGUGAAGCACACCCACACCGAGCAUGGAAACGCAGCUAUCAACGACAUCACGUCCGAGAAACCCUUGCACAAGAAUUCAAUGGAGUCGUUCUGGCUAGCUGAGACGCUCAAGUACUUCUACCUCCUAUUUGCCGACCCUACCGUGCUCGACCUUGAUAAAUACGUCCUCAAUACCGAGGCACACCCCUUCUUGCGCCCGAUUUCAUGA